AGAACGAGUUGAUUGACUAAUCGUGCUGCAUGUGCACAAUACAUGUACACCCAUGAGACACGUAACUUCUAGCUCGAAGAGUGAAAACGUUGCAGGGCGGUAAAGCUUCACUUUUCAAGAAGUAUGGCAACAAGAAGAAGAAAGGGGGAUCAAGAAGACACGAAGCAGAAUUUACCCUCAGUGUGGAAACGGGUGUUUGUAUCUGGUUCAAAGUGGCAAGAGAAAGAUGAAUUCCUAGACGUAAUCUACUGGGGAAGACAGCUGGUUGCUAUGCUGUGUGGAAUACUCUGGGGCAUCAUACCAUUGAAAGGUUUCUUAGGAAUAGCUUUAUUCUGCGCGGCCAACGCAGGUAUAUUAUAUGUGUACUUCACAAGUUUCCAAGGUAUAGAUGAGGAGGAAUACGGUGGUGUGUGGGAACUGACGAAAGAGGGAUUUAUGUCAUCAUUUGCGUUAUUUUUGGUUGUAUGGAUAAUAGUCUACUCAGCUUUGUUCUUCGACUGACAGCACCAGACAUUCAACUCCCCUGGAGUUUUUAUUAUAAUCCUGAACCCCCAAAUGCCUCUAAACCUGUUUUUCAGAGAGAUGGAAACCAUGUGUGGACCUGAUAUAGUUCACAUAAGGCUCACACAGCCUGCAUUAUGUGGACGUGCUUUGUUCUCGGGUCCACAUGAAGACAGUAAGGUUGACACAAUCUUGGUUCAAGAUCAUUAUCGAGUACAACCCAGCCUCCAUUUCAUACGGUGCUUCCAUGUGAUGGCCCAUAAACUGCCAAAUGUCAUAUUUUGGAGAAUUGAGACUGCUUAGCGAAAUUAGGUAGGGCAUUUGAGAUUCUGCUGUGAUGGAAGUUAAGCCAUGACUGAAUCAACUGGCUGUAGCUUAGGUUAACACAUAAUGUCUAUGAGAAAUGGCUACAGCCACUAGCCACAGGUAAACUUUUAUUUCCAGCCACAGCCAUUUGAUGGGAAUUUUUGCAAAUUUUUAAAUUUUGGGGACAGGGUUUCCUUUCUGCUUAUCACAAAUUGGUAAAUUUGGUUUGGAGUGUCUAUUGAAAUACUGCCAAUUUUUUGUUUUUAAAUAUCUCAUUUACAAGUACUGAAUUUUCAACUCCAUACCUUGACUGUUGUCUUCAUUUUUGAGGGAACUGUUUAUUUUUAAUGUUUCAGUGUUAAAACUCAGGAUCAGAUUUUGUUAAACCAAAGUUUCUUGUUAAAAAGGUUUUGGGGGGGGAACCAGCAUUUACUUUAAUUUUUCCCACAGUCAAGAGAGAUAAAUAUAAAUAAUGUCCUUAUUUUCCAGAUCAUAAGCUGGAAAAAAAAAUCACAGCUUGAUUGUAAAAUGUCCUUUACCAUCGGCGGUGUUUGUCACACACGGAUCAUGAUCAGUGACCGGUCAUUGGCUUACAGAUGCCCAAAAGCUUCAUAAUGGAUGGUGCGAACCAGCUUUGGGAUCACUGAUUGAGAUCCAGAUCCAUGUGAAACAAACAGGCCUAAUUAAAGACUUACCAUUGUCUUUUAGUUCUUGUACUGUCAUGAAAAUUACCAGUAAUCCCAUUUGUAAAAUGAAAUACGUUGUAAGUAGUUUGAAUAAAUUUUUAAAAUUUCAAAA